AUGAAGUUUGUGGUCCGCGUCCUCCGAAGCGGCACUUCUCCUAGCGAGGUAGCCAACCUGGCCUGCCCGACCGGCAGAACCUCGUUACCGAGGUACAACAGACCCUCAUUUGUUCAUCAUGUUCUGUGGAAUAACAUGACCGUCAGUGGUAAGCAUCCACCACUGUUGUCAAUCACGCAUUCCAUCACAACACAAGAACCUUCUCGACAAGAAGAUAUAAUCAAGGACUUGGAGCUCUUUAUAAAGAGUAAGAAGGAUAUUGAAGCAAUUUCAGUGAAGAAAAUUUGUACAGAGUAUAUUGAGAAACUUUGUAGAUCAGGCCAUUUGGCAGAUACUGCUCAUGUAUUUAGACAUCUACAUGGUGGAGACAUCAAGCUGGGUCUAAAUACCUAUAACCUUCUUCUGGAAGGUGCAGUCGAAAUGAAUAAUUUCACUCUUUUCUCUGAGGUCUUCAAGAGUUUGUUAAUGUCUAAAUUGUCUCCUGAUAUUAUAUCUUACAAAAAAGUUGCACAAACUCUUGAAAAGGUAUCUGACUCAAAUGUGAUAUGUGACUAUGUGAAAGAUGUAUCUGACAUUACAAGUUGCACAGAUUGUAUUGUGAUAAACAGAAUCAUAUACACGGCUGCUAAAUUGGGGAUGAUUGAUAAAAGCUUGAUGAUAUUUGAAGUGUUGAAGAAUCAUCAUCUGAAAAUGGACACAAUCACAUUUAAUACAGUUUUAGAGAUAUUAGGUAAAGGAGGUAGGACAAGCGAGAUGCUAUCUGAGUUUCUGGUGAUGAAAGAUCUUGGACAUGUUCCUGAUAUUAUUACUUAG